CCCGUCCCUGGAGGGGUUUAAAAGCCCUGUGGAUGUGGCACUUGGGGACACUCGGGGUGGCCUCGGCAGUGCAGGAUGCUCGGAGGGCUUGGAGGGCUUUUCCAGCCUAAAUGAUCCCGUGCUUCCAUGAUCCUGUGAUUCCCAAGCCUGGUUUAGUGCUAGGGCACCCUGACGAGUGGUGGGGUGGCAUCAGGACAAAUGGUGUCAGGAUGGCUCCAAGGGACACCCUGGCAUCCUGUGCUGGAGAUCCAGGCCGAUGGGACAGAUGGGGACUGUGUCACCUUCGUGCUGCACGACGAGGAUCACACCCUGGGCAACUCCCUGCGCUACAUGGUCAUGAAGAACCCUGACGUGGAGUUCUGUGGCUACUGCAUCACACACCCCUCAGAAAGCAAGAUCAACUUCAGGAUCCAGACCAGAGGAGCCCUUCCUGCUGUGGAGCCAUUCAGGAAAGGGCUGAAUGACCUGAUGGGUGUUUGCCAACACGUGCUCAACACCUUUGAGAGGAGCAUGAAGGAGUUCAGGGCACAGAAGGAGGAGGAGAUGCAGUAGCCUUUGGGAAUGGCAUGGAUGCCCAUGGAUGUGUAACCUCUGUGUUGUAUUCCUUGUGUCCAAACAAGUGUUUUUUUGUUGUUGUUUUUUUUUAUGACUUUGUUGCAAAAUGUAUUUUCUUGAAUAAUAAAGUUUAUUAAUUUA